AUGAAGUUCUCCCUGUCUCUCCUGGCGCUCCUCUCGGUGGGGGAGGCUAUCGUUAUCGAGCCCCGGUCCAAGACCAGAGCUGCCUCCUUUGUCUCGUUCGAGCAAUGGGUUGAGAAUAUCAUUGCCAAUCCCGAGGGCGAACAUCUUACUCCUGACGAGGCAAUUGGUGCUCACGAAGCAAUUAUAAACAGCACGGACAUUGAUCUCGAGGCCCGAGCCCUAGAGAAGCGCGUGUAUUGCUACGAUAAUGUUCAAGACUCGGCUCCGGCUGGCGAUGCGGCUGAGUGUAUCAACUACCUGGCCAGCAUUGGAGGCAGGGAUUGCACUGUCCAUUCCGGUAGUCAACAGCUUUUCCGACGCAUUCGCGGCGCGAGGAUUUGGGGUCAGAUAGGCGGCGGUAAUAACGCACCCGCGACGGACAGCUGCCAGAACGUUGCGCGUACUGGUGGCCGCAUCAUGGAUUCGUGCACGCGUAACGGCCAGGUUAGGGGUUUCGAGUUGGUUAACAACCAGAGGUUCGGAGUUGGCAUCACAGGAACUUAGGUGCAUGGAGAGCGUGUAGUCAGUAUUGUGUGCGAUCAAAGAGCUGUCGUACACAUCUGAUUAUAGUAUUUCCCGGCACAGUCGGAAUCCCGCCAAGUUUUCUUUUCUGAUAUGGGGGCCUCUGACUGUGGCAGGGGUCUAUUUACCUUUGGGCUCUGUGGUAUCUACAUUUGAGUUAUUUUAGUUCCGACAAUACAAG